CGUUAUUGCGCUCUGAUUUGGACAUACGUCUUUGAGUUUUCUUUCAAACCGGCUUUUUUGUGAAAAUUUGGAAAAUUUAUCAAUCAUGGCGAGAGAUCCAGCUUCUGAACAGCUGAAUAAUUACAAGAAAACAGUUCAGGGACCACCACCUGUCCUACUUACCGGAAAUGGAAAUCCCAUCGCUAACAAGAAAGCCAGCCUUACUGUGGGCCCCCGAGGUCCUCUAUUGCUCCAGGAUUUCGUUUAUCUCGAUGAGAUGUCUCAUUUUGAUCGGGAGAGAAUUCCUGAACGUGUUGUCCAUGCUAAAGGAGCAGGUGCCUUCGGUUAUUUUGAAGUUACCCAUGACAUCACACAGUAUACAAAAGCUAAAGUUUUUUCGAAAAUUGGAAAGAAAACUCCCAUUGCUGUAAGAUUCUCAACUGUGGGUGGAGAAAGUGGAUCAGCAGACACAGUGAGGGAUCCUCGUGGAUUCGCAGUUAAAUUUUAUACUGAAGAAGGAAUUUGGGAUCUCGUAGGCAACAAUACACCCAUUUUCUUUAUCAAAGAUCCUCUCUUUUUCCCGAGCUUUAUCCACACACAGAAAAGAAAUCCUGCGACACAUCUUAAAGACAUGGAUAUGUUUUGGGAUUUUCUAUCACUAAGACCUGAGUCGACUCAUCAAGUUAUGAUUUUAUUUGGUGAUCGUGGUAUUCCUGACGGAUAUCGCCACAUGAAUGGAUAUGGCUCUCAUACGUUCAAACUUGUUAAUGCCCAAAAUGAAUUCGUUUGGUGCAAAUUCCAUUACAAGACCGACCAAGGUAUAAAGAACAUCUUAGCUGAAGAUGCUGCAAAGAUAGCUUCCGAUGAUCCAGAUUACAGUAUUCGCGAUUUAUACAAUGCAAUCGCAAGAAAGGAUUUCCCUAGUUGGACGUUUUAUAUUCAGGUGAUGACCCAGCAGCAAGCCGAUAAGUUUCAAUGGAAUCCUUUCGACUUGACAAAGGUUUGGCCUCACAAGGAUUAUCCUCUCAUUCCUGUAGGGAAAUUAGUACUGGACAGAAAUCCGGAUAAUUAUUUUGCUGAUGUAGAACAAUUGGCAUUUGAUCCUGCACAUAUGCCACCUGGAAUUGAACCCAGUCCAGACAAAAUGCUUCAGGGUAGAUUGUUUGCAUAUGGAGAUACUCACAGACAUCGUCUGGGACCAAACCAUCUUCAGUUACCUGUUAACUGCCCCUACAAAAGUAUAUCAGCAAUCAACUACCAACGUGAUGGCCUUAUGCCUGUUUACAAUCAAAAUGGUGCUCCUAACUAUUACCCCAACAGCUUCAGUGGACCUGAAGAAUGUCCGGCCGUCAAAUCACCACCAUUUAGCGUUUUCGGUGACGUUGAUCGUUAUGAACCCGUUAACGAAGAUGACUUUGGUCAAGUAACAUUGUUAUGGAGAAACGUGCUUGAUGCAGAUGCACGGACCCGACUUGUCAACAACCUGGUAGCCAGUCUUAAAGGUGCUUCAAACUUCAUAGUGGAAAGAGCUGUGAGAAACUUCUCUAACGUGGAUGUUGAUCUUGGCAACAGAUUGACGGAGGGAUUGAAGAAAGUAGGAAAGUCAAUCAAUGCUUCUGGAAAAUGUCCUAAAAUGUAAAACAUACCUACUUCAAUCGUAAUUCUUGUUAUAACUAAUAUUUUGUUUUUAUUUUAUGAAUGAGAAUAUCUAUUUACUACAAAAGGAAAUGAUAAUGAUAAUUAUCACACUAAAUUUGUAAUAUUGUUUAUGGGUAUUUCACUGAUAUAGUAUUUUAUUAAGAUUUUGCUAAAGCACAAUUUUUUUAAUUUUUAAUAUCAACUUAUAUUAUUAACAUAUCUACUUAAAUGAACAAAAAUAAAAUACGUUUUGUAAGUUUG